AUGGUGGACCAGUCCAGCAGUGCUAGUGGAUCUGAUGGAGCAAGGUGUAGUGCGAGCGUAACCCCCCUAUGUCCUACUCGCAACCGCUCCAAGCAGGUCUCGAACCCGGGUCCCAAACUUCGGAACAUAGGAGACCUCAAAGCUCAUGACAAUAUCCAUAUAGUGCUGGACUGUGAUAUAUCACGAGCAUGGCUGGGAGAUAAUUGGAAAUUUCAAAAUGGUGGCAUUCUGGAUGGGUUUCCAAGGAGGUUUUACCAUCAGGAAGUUUCCCUGCUGUCUUUGUCUUCGAGAUAUCAGAGACACCAAGAGCUUGGACUCGCCAUAGCGGGCCAAGUACACAAUGUGGAGGAACAUUUUAACAAUCAGAAAAUUUGUUUUAGUAACCUGAUUAACAUAAAACUAGAUGAUAGUGAAUGCACAGCCAGCACCUUUGAUCUGAAGCUAGGACUGUUAAAUAUAAGAUCUCUGUCAACUAAAACACUUAUAAUUAAUGAACUGAUUACUGAUCAGGAGUUCAGCGUUCUUUGUUUAACAGAAACAAAACAAAACGAGUAUGUAGUAAAUGAAGCUUGUCCGCCUGGCUAUAGCUAUAUACAUCAACCGCGUCUAACAGGCAGGGGAGGAGGUGUCGCAGUUAUUCAUGAUUAUAAGCUAAGCGCCACACAAAAACCCAGACAUCAAUUCAACACAUUCGAAGUUCUUUAUACUAACCUAACGUAUGCAACUACAGAUAAUAAGUUCACAGAGUCAAUUCCACUAACUGUUAUUUACAGACCCCCAGGGCCAUACUCUGAAUUCCUCAGUGAAUUUGGAGAUUUUACUUCAAACCUUGUUGUUUAUUUAGACAAAGCAUUAAUAGUAGGAGACUUCAACAUUCAUUUUGAUAAGCCAGAAGACCCUCUGAGAACAGCAGGUGUGUCCAUCUUAGAUUCAUUAGGUGUUAAUCAAAAUGUAAUCGGACCCACUCAUAAUGGAGGUCACACUCUGGAUCUCAUUUUUACAUUCGGAUUAAAUAUAGAAAACAGAGUCACUCUUCCACAGUCGGAAGCCAUCUCAGAUCAUUAUCUAGUUUCAUUUAGAAUGCGUCUUAGUCACGAGAUGCGCAACUUGCCACGUUACCGUAUGAAGCGUAUAUUUACGUCUGCUACUGCAGAGAGAUUUACCGAUAGUCUCCCAGAAUUAUCACACAUGAUUCGUUCACCUUCUGACCCUACAGAACUUGACCAGGCGACUGAUUACUUGGACUCAUUAUUUCGGAACACCCUAGACACUGUAGCUCCACUUAAAAGGAAAACAAUUAAAGACAAGAAACUAGCACCCUGGUACAACGACCACACAUGAGCUUUAAAACAAUCAGCUAGGAAACUAGAGCGUAAAUGGCGUCAAACUAAAUUGGCAGUAUUCCAGAUUGCGUGGAAGGAAAGCCUUCUGAGAUACAAAAGUUCUCCUAGUGCUGCUAGAUCAGCGUAUCUCUCUGCCCUAAUCGAAGAUAACAAAAACAAUCCAAAAUUUUUAUUUACUAACUAGGAGUAUAACCACUGUAGAAAAGCGCACACCAUCUACAUUUAGCAGCAAUGACUUCAUGGAUUUUUUCAAUGAAAAAAUUGACAAUAUCAGGCAAAAAUUCAGACUAGUAAUUUAAAACCAUAUUAUUUGAUAGAUAAUACUUUAGAUAAUAUAGCUAUUUCUGAUUAGAGCUUAGAGUGCUUCACUCCACUUCAAGAGCCUGAUCUAAUUUCACUGAUUUCUUCUUCAAAAUCUUCUACCUGCAUCCUAGAUCCUUUACCCACAUCUUUCCUUAAACAGAUAUUACCAGUAGCUACUGAACCCCUUCUAAAAAUAAUUAAUUCUUCUCUAAGCACUGGCUAUGUGCCUAAAUCUUUUAAGCUAGCAGUUAUCAAACCCUUGAUUAAAAAACCGGACCU